CGCUGAUUGGCCCAUCCUGUUCUACGGAGUUGGCGCCAUUGCGAGCCUCCGUGCUGUCUACAGAGCUGUCUCUGAAGAUUUUACACUCUUUGCCGGUUUAAGUGGUUUAACCACGACGCAAUGGCGGACAAGGACGCUGCAUUUGAUGAUGCUGUGGAGGAGAGGGUGAUCAACGAGGAGUACAAGAUCUGGAAGAAGAACACCCCUUUUCUCUACGACCUGGUCAUGACUCAUGCCCUGGAGUGGCCCAGCCUCACUGCCCAGUGGCUGCCUGAUGUCACCAGGCCAGAGGGGAAGGACUACAGUGUGCACAGACUGGUUUUGGGAACACACACUUCUGAUGAGCAGAAUCACCUUGUUAUUGCAAGUGUUCAGCUCCCUAAUGAUGAUGCCCAGUUUGAUGCAUCACACUACGACAGCGAGAAAGGAGAGUUUGGAGGCUUUGGAUCUGUAAGUGGGAAGAUCGAGAUUGAGAUCAAGAUCAACCAUGAGGGAGAGGUGAACAGAGCCCGCUACAUGCCACAGAAUCCUUGCAUCAUUGCCACCAAGACCCCCACUAGUGAUGUACUGGUCUUUGAUUACACAAAGCACCCUUCCAAACCUGAUCCUUCGGGAGAAUGCACCCCAGAUCUGCGGUUGAGAGGCCACCAGAAGGAGGGUUAUGGCCUCUCGUGGAACCCGAACCUCAGCGGCUGCCUCCUCAGUGCGUCUGAUGACCAUACAAUCUGCCUAUGGGACAUCAGCACAGUGCCCAAGGAGGGAAAGAUAGUGGACGCCAAGACCAUCUUCACAGGCCACACAGCAGUGGUGGAGGACGUUUCCUGGCACCUGCUCCACGAGUCGCUCUUUGGGUCUGUGGCGGACGACCAGAAACUCAUGAUCUGGGACACGCGCUCCAACAACACCUCCAAACCCAGCCAUGCAGUAGAUGCCCACACUGCUGAGGUCAACUGCUUGUCCUUCAAUCCCUACAGCGAGUUCAUCCUGGCCACUGGCUCUGCCGAUAAGACUGUGGCUCUUUGGGACCUGAGGAACUUGAAGCUGAAGCUGCACUCGUUUGAGUCUCACAAGGACGAGAUCUUCCAGGUUCAGUGGUCUCCUCACAACGAAACCAUCCUGGCCUCCAGCGGCACCGACAGGCGGCUCAACGUCUGGGACCUCAGUAAGAUUGGAGAGGAACAGUCGCCAGAGGAUGCUGAGGACGGCCCUCCUGAGCUGCUGUUCAUCCAUGGCGGACACACAGCAAAGAUCUCCGACUUCUCGUGGAACCCUAACGAGCCAUGGGUCAUCUGCUCUGUAUCAGAGGACAACAUCAUGCAAGUGUGGCAGAUGGCUGAAAAUAUCUACAACGACGAGGACCCAGAAGGUGCAGCAGAUUCAGAGGUCCAGGCAUGAGUCCUGUCUCCACAUCUCUUCAUUCAACCUGCUCAUUAAAAAUGGAUCCAUUUUCCAGCGCUGGGUGCAUACGCAGUAAUCUCUUUUUAAAACACAUUUUGGGCAGCAAAGUUUUUUGUAGAACAUUUAAACAAUAAAAUGCUGUCAUCACGUCCUAAGGUAUUUAAAGUCUCUAUUGGUGAGAUCUCUUUAGAUCUUUGUAGUUUCUCAAACUCCCAGUACUCAACUCUGGCUCGUGAUGAAACCAACACAGAUGUGUCCAGUUUUCAGGUUUGCUUUCUGAUGGUUUUAUUUCUUUCUUCCUGAUUAGUUGUGCUGACAACAUUUCUACAAAGAUCCAUUUUUAAUAAGAAUUGUACAUAUUGUAGGUUUUUCUGGUAAAUUGCUUGAUAUUCAUAGUAUGAAUUUUCCAGAUUGUCUUUGUCUCUUUAUGUGUUGUUUUUUUUUCUCUGCAUUUUUUCUGUGUUCCAUCUAAUCUCUUGUGUACU